UGCAACCCGGCAGCCGCGGCCUGUAGUAGGAGUCGUAGUAGGAGGAGGAGAAGGAGUGAAGAUGGCGCCUCUGGACCUGGACAAGUACAUCGACAUCGCCAGGCAGUGCAAGUACCUGCCCGAGAACGACCUCAAGCGCCUCUGCGACUAUGUGUGCGACCUCUUGCUGGAGGAGUCCAACGUGCAGCCCGUGUCAACUCCCGUCACGGUGUGCGGGGACAUCCAUGGACAGUUCUACGACCUGAAGGAGCUGUUCCGGACAGGGGGUGAGGUUCCCGACACCAACUACAUCUUCAUGGGAGACUUUGUGGACCGAGGCUACUACAGUCUGGAGACGUUCACGUUCCUGCUGGCGCUCAAGGCGCGCUGGCCCGACCGCAUCACCCUGCUGCGUGGGAACCACGAGUCCAGGCAGAUCACACAGGUCUACGGCUUCUACGACGAGUGUCUCACCAAGUACGGCAACGCCAACGCGUGGCGCUACUGCACCAAGGUGUUCGACAUGCUCACCGUGGCCGCGCUCAUCGACGAGCAGGUGCUGUGCGUGCACGGGGGCCUCUCGCCCGACAUCAAGACCCUGGACCAGAUCCGCACCAUCGAGCGCAACAUCGAGAUCCCGCACAAGGGCGCCUUCUGCGACCUCGUGUGGUCCGACCCCGAGGACGUGGACACGUGGGCCAUCAGCCCCCGUGGCGCCGGCUGGUUGUUCGGGGCAAAGGUCACCAACGAGUUCGUUCACAUCAACAACCUGAAGCUCAUCUGCCGUGCCCACCAGCUGGUGCACGAGGGCUACAAGUUCAUGUUCGACGAGAAGCUCGUCACCGUUUGGUCGGCGCCCAACUACUGCUACCGCUGCGGCAACAUCGCCUCCAUCAUGGUGUUCCCGGACGCCAGCACGCGGGAGCCGCGGCUGUUUCGCGCCGUGCCGGACUCGGAGCGCGUCAUCCCGCCCCGCACCACCACGCCGUACUUCCUGUGAUCGAUCGCGCGGUGGUGGUGGCGGCGGUGGCGGCGGCGGCGGCGGCGGUGGUGGUGGCGGAGCGUGAUAUUGAUGGCGAUGGUGGUGGUUUUGUUGGUGGUGGUGGAGGGUGAUGUUGGUGGUGGUGGUGUUGAUGUGGUGAUGAUGAAGCUGGCGGUGCUAGCCUGGCCACAACCACCACAAUGUCACACCGUGUUUAAGUUGUACCACACCAAGUCAGACCACACCAAGCCUCGCCACACCAGGCACACCACUCUCGAUUCCACGCCUCACUAUCUCUUCCACGCUGCCCCCACUAUUUAAUGCCAGCCUGCUCAACACCGCACCAUCAGCACCACACCACCACCCUGCUCAACACCACACCAACACCCGAUCAUCAGCACCACACCACCACCCUGCUCAAUACCACACCAACACCAGAUCAUCAGCACCACACCAUCACCCUGCUCAACACCACACCAACACCAGAGACCCGUAGACUCGCACAGAGACCCGUAGACUCGCACAGAGACCCACAGACUCGCACAGAGGACCCGUAGACUCACACAGACCCAUAGACUCGCACAGAGACCCGUAGACUCGCACAGAGACCCACAGACUCGCACAGAGGACCCGUAGACUCACACAGACCCGUAGACUCGCACAGAGACCCGCAGACUCGCACAGAGACCCGUAGACUCGCACAGAGACCGUAGACUCGCACAGAGACCCGUAGACUCGCACAGAGAACCGUAGACUGGCACAGAGACCCGUAGACUCGCACAGAGACCCGUAGACUCGCACAGAGACCCGUAGACUCGCACAGAGACCUGUAGACUCGCACAGAGACCCGUAGACUCGCACAGAGGCUCACAUAGAGACCCACAUAAGUGGAGAUACACACACAGACUCGUAGACUUGCAUCAACUGGGCUGUAACUUCACAGGGUUAUCAAGUCUCGUGCGAGUGGGAGGCCUCAACCCGGUCACCACUGAUGCCGCAGGAAUCCCCUGACGUUGUAUUUGGUUCCGUGCCCGAUUGAAUGCAAACAUCUCAGCUCUUGAGAAUUCAAACCUUGUCCGUUCGGCGACUUGGUGACGUGACGAGCACCACUCUCAGUGCCACGGCGUGGUGGGGAAGGUCCUCUGGCACCCCCCCGCCCCUACUCGUGUGUGUGUGCGCGCGUGUGUGUGUGUGCGUGUGUGUGCAUGUAUGUGUGUGUGCGUGCGUGUGUGUAUACGUGCGUGUGUGUAUACGUGCGCGUGUGCCUGUGUGUGCGCGUGUGCCUGUGUGUGCGCGUGUGUGUAUGUGUGCCUGUGUGUGCGUGCGUGCGCGCGUGCGUGCGCGCGCGCGUGUGUGUAUGUGUGCAUGCAUGCGUGUGUGUGCGCGUGCGUAUGUGUGUGCGUGUGUGCGCGUGCGUAUGUGUGUGUGUGUGUGUGCGUGCGU